GCUUGACCAUUGCACAUAAAUGGAGGGCGACAGAAGAUGCGCAUCAUUAUGACCAAGUUGACAUCACCAGUGAAAGAAUAAAAGAAUUGUUGAAAUCAUUUAUUAUCGAGAAUUUCUAUAAUGGAAGUUUUCCUGGUAUUUGUGAUUUUGGAUUGUCUUGCUCUACCGUUUGUUACAGCUCUGUCAAUAAAUGAUAAAACUAAUUGUCGAGUUCGAAAAGAGUUCAAUGAUCUGACAGAAGCGGAACGCAUUCGAUAUACAACCGCAGUGAUAACAGCGUCGACGGAUACUCUCUACAAAAAAAAGUACGAAACUCUGUUAACAAUUCAUAAAGAUUACUUCAAUCGUGGUAUCCACAAAAAGAGAAACUUUCUUCCUUGGCAUCGUUGGUUUGUUCUUCAAUACGAAAAUCUUUUGAGAGAAAUAGAUGAUGAUUUUACCAUGCCGUAUUGGGAUUGGAGCUUAGAGGCUGGGGAACCUUUCACUAGCCACGUGUGGGAUACAAGCAAGGCGGGUCUUGGUGGUGAUGGGCAAGCAACGACCUUUUGCGUUCAAACAGGAUUAUUCCGAGAACAUGAAUGGCUCCUCCCAUCAGCCGCCAAUACAACAAAAUUGUGUCUGAGGAGAAGGUUUAAUGGUGUGGGGUUAUUUCCAACUAGAGUGGAUAUGAACUUGCUAUUGAAAAAAACAUAUGAUCAGUUUGAUGAUUUUGAAAUACUGCUCCGUACUUACCACAACAAUGUCCAUUGUUAUAUAAGUGGGACAAUGUGUUUAAAUAACGCAGGAUUUGCCCCAGAAUUCUUUCUUCAUCAUGGCUUUGUUGAUAAGACUUGGUGGGAUUGGCAGAAUAAAGGAAAGCACUACAAGUUCAACACUUACUUUAUGGAUCAAACUUCAUAUAUGCCAAUGACUCGUUAUUAUCCGAAAGAAUUUCUAGAUUCAAAAAAACUGCCUACUACUCAUGGUCCUGUAUGCGUGGAAUACAAAAAGCCAAGAAACCAAGUGUACGAGAAACUUAAAGGAAUGCCCUCUAGGCUCCUCUGGAACAUUGAAAGACCAAGUCUUCCACCGUUAUCCAUUGCUGCCAUAAAGCUGUUCAAAGUACAACCUCACGAAAUUAUUCGAAUGGAACAACUUAGGGAGAAUUUACAACAACAUCUUUCUAAAACCAUCUCUUUCGCAUCCCUGCAUGGGCGGAAUGCCAAAUUUGGUUUUAACAUUAGCUCCAUAAGAUCUUGAGGAUGACGUGGAACACAAGACGUAUAACACAUGAAUUUCUUUGGGGUUUUUUUUAAUUACAACUUACUGUACAUGAUAUGUAGCUACAUGUACGAUUUUUCACGAUAGGUUAUUUUACUUAUUAAUGAAACGUGAUUUGAGUAGAAAAAAUUUUCAUUAUUUUCCAUUAAAAUUUCUGAUCCAAAA